AAACCAAACUCAGUCAGUCAGUGCUAAAGGGUAGCACAGCAGACCCUGGUAACCAGACUGACAGAUACAUUGCUAAAACAGGCCUGGGUAAAAACAUACUUAAUCACUCGUACAAAAACAGGAACAUUGGGGGCGAGGAAUGUCCGACGUUGUAUGGGAAUUAUUUUAACUGUGUGGGCCCCAUAUAUAUUUCAUGUUCCUUGCAAAUCAUUACAGCAACGUUUGUAUUUGAUAUCUAUAUAGGACAAAAGGAUAUACACUUUGUACUACAGAUAUGUUUCAUGACCAUGGGACGAGUGGUGACGACAGCCAGUUAAGCACACUUCACAGUCGCCCCUGGACAAGAAGUACACCGAGUUUAUUCCGUCAGCCGUCAGCCGAGAGACGAAGUCAACUUGAAUAGGUGAAAGUUCGUUUGAAACAAUGGCAGACAACUUGCCCGGAUGGUUAAGUUACACACCCGACGACCAGCUUGAGAACCCGGUGGAUACAAUAAUCAUUGGGAAGAUCCCUCAAUGGCUGACGGGUACCCUGUACCGGAAUGGAUCGGGGAUGUUCAAGGUAGGGGAGACAACUGUGAAUCACCUCUUUGAUGGAAUGGCUGUCAUCCAUAAGUUCAUCAUCAAAGAUGGAAAGGUUCAGUAUCAGAACAAACUCUUGGACUCGGAGACCCUUGAAAAAUGUCUGAAGGCUAAUCGACUGGUCGUUGGUCAGUUCGCUACAGCUGCUUACCCAGAUCCCUGCAAGAGCAUCUUUGCAAGGUUUUUAUCCUAUUUCAACCCGGAAAUGACCGACAACACUGCCGUGAACAUCGUCCCCCACGGCGACAUGCUUCUGGCACUGACAGAAACACCAAUCUGCAAUAUUGUAGAUCCCGAGACACUCACAAAGAAGGGAGCGAUUCCUUUAGACAAACUGGUUGCAGUUCACAUCGCAACGGCUCACCCCCACACUGACCCUGACGGCACCAUGUACAACCUCGGUACUUCAUUUAACCACAAGCAAGCUUACAACAUCGUCAAAAUACCACCACAAGAAAAUGGGGGAGACAACCCCUUCAGCCGGGCAUCCCUGGUGUCAACCUUUCCGUCUCGCUGGAAGGCCAACAUUGCCUAUAACCACAGCUUUGGAAUGUCUGAGAACUACUUUGUAGUUUUGGAACAGACUCUGGUUAUUAACAUCUUUAAGCUGCCUCUCCUGAAGUUUACCGGAAGUGGAUUUGACAGUUGUAUGUACAACUAUCCGGAGGAAAAGGCUCUUAUCCAUCUUGCCCGGCGGUCAGACGGAAAGACGCUAACAACUCGAUACACUGCCGACGCCCUCUUCUGCUUCCACUUCAUCAACAGCUAUGAAGACGACGGCCACAUCGUCAUGGACUUAUGUGCUUAUGAUGAUGGGGGUGUUGUACGUGACGUUUAUAUUAAGGAUCUCAAGGAAGGGGUCUUCUCACAAUUUUAUGCCACAGUGAGGCGCUAUGUACUUCCUCUUGACGUCGAGAAGGCAGAGAGCGGCAAGAACCUGGUGACUCUGGCAGACACCACGGCUACAGCUGUCAAACAGGCGGACGGCUCCAUCUUGUGUACCCCUGACUACAUCACAGGAGAUGCAUCCAAUGGCAUAAGAAUGGACCUACCCAGAAUCAACUAUUCCUACAACGCAAAGAAGUACAGAUACUGCUAUGGAACUGAAUUAUUGACAGACAAACCAAUGCUGACCAAAGUGGACAUGAAGACGAAGACCUGUGUCUAUUGGAAUGCAGAGGAGGAAGAAAUGGCCGGUGAACCUGUGUUCAUAGAGAGGCCAGGGGCAACCGAGGAGGACGAUGGCAUAAUCCUGUCCCCUGUCCUCCCUACAAAACCUGGACGCCAGGCCUUCCUCCUGGUGCUUGAUGGGAAGACAUUCAAGGAGCUGGCCAGAGCAGUGACGCCCCCUGGUGUCAAGAUGCCAAUCACCUUCCACGGGUCGUUCAUACCCUGAGGGGAAGUGGAACGAAAUAUACCCCUAUGGCAUUGGCUAGAACUGGGACGGGUAACCCGGAUACCAGGGACGGGUGGGUAAUGAGUUGGACCCGGUACCCAUCUCAAUACCCGGACCCGUUAUGAUCAUGUGACUAAUAGAUUAAACAAUGUCAUAUGCUAUUCUUUCAUGAUUUAAAGGUGGUAAUGGCUUUGAACAUAUCUAGACAUAAUUACAGUCACCUCUUUUGAAUAUAAUGCAUAGUUGGGAUAUUGAAAAACUCAAUACUUUAGCCUCCGGGCUGAAGUAUAUUUCGCUUUUUCUUACAACUUUGAUGUCAGGAAUUAACAUAACCGGUAUCCGGGUAGGGUAGGUUAAUAGCGGGCGGGGUACCCGGGUAGAAUAUAUAGACCCGUCCCAGCCCUUGCAUUGGCAACCACAUUUGGUAUUGAUGAUAUAAACUUUUCUUCACA